AUGGCUGCUGCAAAUGCUUUGAUAACAGCUGAUGUACUGAAUUACGGCAGUACGUCGCAUUCUGAAAUAGAAGAGACCAGUACGUUGGUGGAUGAAGAAAAUGUUUCUACUUUAAUUAGUGAGAAAAGGACAUCCAUGAAACAAGAACUGAAGACAAUUUGUAGAACAUCUGCCCCUUUGAGUGUUACAUUCUUUUUACAGUACUCACUUCCGGUUGCAUCAACAUUUUCAGUCGGACACAUUAGCGCAAAGCAUUUAGCUGCCAUUUCAUUGGCAACCAUGACAUUCAAUGUUACAAGUUCGAUUUUUAACGGUAUGGCAACGUGUCUUGACACUCUUUGUCCGGCCGCAUUUGGAGCGGGAAAGUAUAAAAAGGUUGGCCUUUAUUUUCAGAGAUGUAUCCUGUUAAUGAUGACUCUGAAUAUCUUUAUUGUCUUGUUUUGGUGGAAUUCAGGAAUAUUCUUUAGACUUUUUGUUAAAGACUCUUCAUUAGUUGCAUUGGCCCAGAGUUAUUUGAGAGUGAUGACAUUUUGUACACCUGCUUAUAUUCUUUUUGAAGCUGGGAAAAGGUACCUCCAAGCACAGAACAUAUUUGUGGCUGGGCAAUAUGCAUUAUUCAUUGCAGCACCUAUCAACGCUUUUCUAAACUACGCACUAGUUUGGAGUAAACACUUUAACCUUGGAUUUCUUGGAGCACCGUUAGGAACAACCAUCAGUUAUUGGAUUUUGCCAACUUAUCUAUUUUACUAUUCAAGAAUGCAUAGUACGGAUAAAUGCUGGGCACAACCUAACGUGAAAGCUAUUUUCAGAGACUUAAAGCCCAUGGCAAGCCUUGCUAUUAAUGGCACCGCCAUGCUUCUUCUUGAAUUUAUCGCAUUUGAAAUUUUGACUCUUUGCUCGGCAACAUUCGGGACAGAAACUUUGGCUGCCCAAUCUAUUUGCUCGACAUUGGCUACACUAUUUUUCCAAAUUCCAUUUGCCGCUUCGGUGGCCUCUAGCACAAGAAUAUCCAAUCUUAUUGGAGAAACUAAUCAGAGAUCUGCCAAAAUUGCGACAAAAGCGACAUAUAUCUUAUCACUGGCUCUUGGAGUUCUAAACUUUUGCGUUCUUUUCUUCUUCCGAAAACAAAUUGCUAUGGUUUUCACCAAUGAUGCCACAGUCAUAGGUAUUGCGAAAGGGGUGAUCGGAAUUCUUGGGCUUAAUCAAUUUUGGGAUGCACCAAAUAUUUUGGGAGCCGGAUGCCUAAGAGCUCAAGCAAGACAGCAAGUUGGGAGCAAGCUAAAUGUUAUUGCAUAUUAUAUCAUUGGUUUACCAAUUUCAUUGUUUCUAGGAUUUAAAAUAGAUCUUGAAAUAGUGGGCUUGUGGAUAGGUCUAUUGUGUGGCGUUUUCUCCUUGGCUUGUUCGGAAUUCGUGUGCGUCUUUUUGACAGAUUGGAAGUCUGUUAUUAGAGAGGCUGAAAACCGUAACAAAAAUCGGGAGAAUAGUACAAUUUGA